AUGGCAUCCAGCAAUGCAUACGGCCCGCCUUCGGGCUUCGCCAUUCGUCGAUGGGGUUCCUGCAGUGCAACCGAAGUAACGUGCGACCAGCCCUGGGACCUGUGGCACGACUGCUGCCCUGAGGGAACUCACUGUUCAAGUGACAACACCUGCUGCCCGCGAACGGCCGACUGCUCGCCAUUCAUUCAGCAGGAUCCGCACUGCGCGAACAACGUCACCUGGGACUUGUAUUGGGAUGAUGAGUACUUCUGCUGCCAGAAUACUGCGUACGGGUUCAUACAAGGCGGAUUGGUCUAUAACGGGACAUCGACCGAAGGUAUCGGUUGUACGAAUGUACUGCCGGAUGGAGACCUGCGUACGGCAAUCCCGCCGGUUGCAAGGGGUAACGAGUCGGAAGCAGCCCAGUCCUCCAUGUCCAGCUCAACGCCUACACCGUCUCCCACACCCUCGUCCACGCCCAUGCCGUCGGAAGAAUCAUCCUCAUCUACGAAUUCUGGCGCCAUUGCCGGUGGUGUCGUCGGUGGUGUCGCGGGCCUUGCUCUGAUUCUCGCACUGGCCUGGUAUCUCAUACGACGGCGGCAGAAGGCUGCCCAAAGUUCGCUUUUGGCAUCUACAAGUGACUCUGCCCCUGGCCACGAUACAAAAGAGCACGCCGGAUUCUUCCAGGCAGAGCUGGACAACAAUGCAUACCGCGCGGAGCUGUAUGGGAACCACGAUGGAUUGCUGCACGAGUUGCCCGUGGAGGGAGGACGAUAG